CUCGGGCCGUCUUCGCUCGUCGCAGCGGACGUCAGUACUCGAAAAAUGGCAGCUUCCUCUCUUCUCUCUCUUUAGCUCUCAGCCCCUCCACAAAGAAACCCCUCGAUCCCCUCAACGAUUUCCCCUUCAGUUCCUAAUCCACGGAGGCGCAUUUCCUUCAUCUCCAGAUUACCGCUUGAUUGGGGAUGUUUACUUACGAUGCUGCCAUUGCACACCGCGAUUGCUUCUGCUCGUCUCACAUCGGUGUUGUCUGCGGAGUCUCAGAGCUGGGGGGUGGAUUCCUCAAGGCUCUGCUUUUUUGAGCGAGCAAUUGAAUCUGUGGAGUUGGCGCUUUUAAGUUACCGAUAUAUAAAUGGAGAGCGCGUGUGCAUUGCUAAAUUGGUUCUCAGUCGGGUAUCCCCUCAUCUGCACUUGCUUGGUAGCUCUUGGAAAUCUUUCUUCGCUGUGCUCAAUCUUCAUACUUUGGACAACCAGCAGAAUGAUCAACCCAAUAUCUUACUUACAACAGCAACGCACGCUGAAGAAGCUGCUAAAGUGACGAGACCUAUGAUCAACUAUGCACUUCAAUUUCCCAGGACAGCUGCAAUAUACGUACACGAUUCAAGAAAUCUGAAUGAACAAACCCAGCUUAUGAGCUACAAUUUUACAUCCUCCAAGUGAGGCAGGAUCGUUAGAUUAUGUAUAAUAGGAUUAUUUAUGAUUCAAGAACAGAAAUCGGCAUGAAUGCGGGAUCUCAUCCAAGUAAAAUACAUAUAUGCAGACAUAUUUUCCCUACCAACAAAGAAGAAAAGAAGAGCCAAAACUACACAAAGCAAUGAAGAAACUACAAUGACACCUAUUUUCUCACAAAAAAACAAGAAAGAACAACGCACAUCUUCCAGUUUAAUAUAGUACAGUUCAACAGCUCACAGAUUCGCAGUGGAGCUAUUCAUGAUCCAGCACAAUAUAGAUGAUCCAAACCAAC